UAUACAAGGUAGAAAAUGGCUGAUGGUGUUCAUGGUCAGAGCUGUUUGAAUGUGACUUACACCAAGAGGAGUAUCUGUGCCUUGAAGGGGUCAACAGUGGACAUUACCUGCACGUAUAGACAUCCCAGCUGGCAUAACGUCACAGAAGUAUCCUGGUUCAACAAAUGGGAGACUGGAGUUACUACAGAUCUAAUCCAGGACCCAGAGUAUGCAGGUCGUGUGAAGUACCAUCCAACUACAGACAAGGACUCCACCCUGAGAAUCACAGACCUGAGAGAGAGUGACUCUGCUGAAUAUAAGUUUAGAUUUACAACAACUGCAGUAAAAUGGGGAAACAGCUUCCCUGGAACAACUCUGAUUGUCACAGACCUGCAGGUGAAGGAGACUCCUGGCACAGAGGAAGGGAAGGUGACACUGACCUGUAGCACCACCUGUACUCUAACUGACAAUCCCACCUACAUCUGGUACAAGAACGGACAACUUCUCACCAACCCAAACACCCAAGAUAACUACCUCUACUUAGACCAAAUCAGCAGUGGGGACGCAGGCAGCUACUCCUGUAGUGUUAAAGGCUACGAGAAUCUCCGUUCUCCUGUUACAUUCUUUGGGGAGCCAAAGUCUUUGAAGAAUGCAGUUGUAGGAAUCAUAGUGGUUAUUCUAAUUCUCAUACUCUGUCUCUUUGGGUUCAUGUGGUUCAGGAAGAAGGCCUCCAAAUCCACCUCUGACACAAGAGACAGAAGAGACACAGCAGAGAACGGACAGAGAGACUCUAAUCCAGUAUAUGACAACAUCUCAGGCAUGAACUUGUCCCCUAUUGCAGCACAGAGAGCGAUCACAGACGAGCAGGAUGAUAUUACCUACGCCAGCAUCCAACACAGAAACCAGGAAGUGCCUCUGGACUCCACCGUCCCACCGUCUCACCCCCAGAAACAGGACGAGGAUUUCCAGUAUGCUACUGUGAAAUUCAACAGCCCCAGUGCUGCUCAAUAGACAUUGGGAGGGAUUCAAUCCAAUCAUAGGUUAUAGACAUUGGGAGGGAUUCAAUCCAAUCAUAGGUUAUAGACAUUGGGAGGGAUUCAAUCCAAUCAUAGGUUAUAGACAUUGUGGCUUUUAAUGUAAUUUUUUUUUUAUGCUUUUGGAAAUGCUAUAUAAUUCCUCAAUUAAAAUGUCUUUGAUUUCGGCUUGAACUAUCUAUUUAAAUUAAAGUACAGGCCAAACUGUUCAGUCCAUAUUCUACUGUUCUAUUAUGGUCAGAGGGGAUAAAAACUGUUCAUUUUUUACAGUAACUUUUUGUUGUCAUAUCUCAAACAGACAGUUUCAGCAUUAAAGAUUCCAGGUUUAAAUAACACAAUAUAACCAAUGUUAUUCAUGAGAUCUUAUAGUAAAUGCACUAUAAAUCAGUGAUCUAAACAUCCCAUCCAUACACCACACUAAACCUACACAUAGGCUGUGUCUGGAAAGGCAUCCUAUUCCCUAACUACUGUGACACUGCAGACACAGCUAUCCUCUCUAACAGUUAGGAGCCAAAUGAAUGAUGCCAGGAACUCUAAAUGUAAUUACAGUGGGGAGAACAAGAAUUUGAUACACUGCCGAUUUUGCAGGUUUUCCUACUUACAAAGCAUGUAGAGGUCUGUAAUUUUUAUCAUAGGAAUACUUCAACUGUGAGAGACGGAAUCUAAAACAAAAAUCCAGAAAAUCACAUUGUAUGAUUUUUAAGAAAUUAAUUUGCAUUUUAUUGCAUGACAUAAGUAUUUGAUACAUCAGAAAAGCAGAACUUAAUAUUGUCACGGUUCAUGAAUCCACUGCCUCCUUUUCCUUCUCUCUCUCUCUCUCUCUCUCUCUCCCGUGUUUGUGUGGGCGUGGUUCCCAAUCUCGGCCUGAUUGUCUGCGCCAGCUGGAAUCACUUAUCUUCCCUUUAUAUGUUCUGUAACCAGUGUUUCUUGUUGUCAGAUCGUUGUUACUUCCCUGAGGUUGUGUCGUGUGUCCGUGCUCAUCUCUCGCCGCCCUUGUGUGGAUUAUCUGCUGUGCUCCUUCCUACCCAUCCGGACACUCUCCCCUGGGUUUCUCAGCACGCUCACAUAGGAGGAUGCGCCCUAGUCCCUGGGUCGGAUUCUGUCUGAGUACAGUCUGUCUGUCCUGUUGCUGCUGUAACCUGUAUUCAUUAAACCAUCGUUGCUUGCA